GAGGUUUGAUUACCGUCAAGCUUGAUAGUGCACGUAUGGCUGAUUUGCAACCCGCUGAAGCAACAGCGGAGAAGAAGAGAAAAUGUCGCUGUCUUCAACUCGGACCGUUCUAGGAUCAGUGGUCUUUUAGGGAAAAAAACAGACGCCAAUUCGAAUAAAUCUUGGGCUGUGCUGUCAGGAAUAAUUCGGAGCAUCAAUAAGAAAUGUAACUACUGCAUCUGAAAGGUUUCUUCUUGAUUAGAGCAGAACCGGCUGUUUUCCAUUAAGCUAUGUUUUUCACCAUUAAAGUUGCAGUAAGACUAUGUAUCCAGAGCUUCAAGAUAAACCUAAACUAGUAGUUAAGCCCUCCUAUUCUGCACCUUCUGCUUGAAAGGAAAGAUUUUUGUAAAAAUAUGGAUGCUCCUUCCAGGGUGGUGGGUGUGGAUCCCCAAGCAAACAUUGUUUUCACAACUGUAAAACCAAUUAUGAGCAUUUUUCAUGUGUCCCCAGAGCAGGGCAGCAGCAUAUCAAAAGGUGGCAUGGACAUGCAAGGUUUAUCUGAAAAUCCAUUAGUCCUCCCUCAGCAGGCACAAGUUCAGGCUCAGUUAGCUCAGAACCACAUAGAAAUGCACAAUACUCGGCCUCAUGUUCAGCCACAGAUGCAGGCUUCUGCCCCACUUCAGGGGGAGGAAGUCCCCCAACAUCAGGAGGUACCAGCAAACUCAAGCAUAAACUCUGAGUCUGUGGCCGAGAUGCCCUUCGCAGAGGUGUCUUCCCUCCUGGAUCCAAACAUGAAAGGAUCCAAGGCUCGGAAAUAUCUCAUCUCCUAUGAUGAAAUUAAAAGGCGCCUGCAGGCCCCAGAGAAGAUGUCCCUGCGGUCUCUGGCAGCCUACACCCGGGUCAGCAGAGGCCCAGCCAGCAAGAAAACUCUUCUGGAGUCGCUUAAUGUCCUUGGCCUCAUGCCAAGCACAACUACCGCAGUAUCCUCCUCAUUCUCCAAGCUCACUGAAGGUGACACCAGAGCUCUGUGUGAAGAUAUGAAAGAUUUUUCCCAUGAUUAUAUUGACUAUGGUAACAUGGCUAAACAACUCAUCCCCGAGACAAAUACAGUUCAACACUGGUCCAAAAUUAUUGAAACUAAAAACCAUCUUGAGGACAUGAGAAAAUGUUUCAAGGACCCAGUAAACACUGGUCCAUUUGACAACGUCACUCAUGGCCUUGGUCUUGGAAUGUUGGACGUUGCACUGGACAUGAUCAUCAUGGUAAUCGAUCAGCAGAUUCGCGUCCUGUCUGGCGGAGCAGCAUCAGACUCCGUUGACUCGGGUCUGCCAUCUCGACGCAGGCGCCAACGCAAACUGCGGUCGUCUGACAACGAGAGAUCGCACAAGAUAUGUGGAGGGGCAAAGGAGCAAGGGAAGAUCCUUUUGAAAAGCAAAGGGCGAGCCAGAGAUAGGAAGAAGAUAAGGACAGAGUUGGGAACCUCCGAAGCAGUUGUGUCCCAGGCAGAGCAGAGCAAGCAGGAUAAUGUACAGAGUAAUGUCCUCACCCUGGUCUCUUUGGGUUAUGAAACUGUCUCUAGUGGACUGAAUGCACCUGGAACUGUUUGAAACAUGCUAAAAUUACCAUAUCACGCUCAAACAGAUACUCUAGGACAUAACACCAGCUAGACUAAGUCAAUUAAGCUCGUAUGAGGAAAACAAAAGUGAUCUAUUAAACUCUGGGUAUUUGCAGUCACCUAAACCCUUUUCAAACACAAGAUAGAAUAUUCAGUCUGUUGAAGGUACAGCUUUAAAACACUUCCUAUUUUUUACAAUGUUCCUCAUGGCUUCAUUCAACCUAUUAGCAGAAUAUCUGCAAUUUGUUAAAGACUAUAUCAAUAUUGAUAAAGUAGAAUUAGUGUGCAGUGGUUGAGUAAAAAAGCAUAGAAAGUACAGGUGUAUCAUUUGAGUAUUGUUAAAAGGCUUAAUUAAUCUCAUCAUUUUAAUUGAAAAAAUGAAACAUAUGUAAAAUCCUUACACACAGCAAUGUAUUUCGAGCGUUAAUUUCUGUUAUUUUGAAUGAUUAUGGCUUACAGCUAAUGAAAAACCAAAAUUCUGUUUCCCAGAAAAUUACAUAAGACCAACAAAAAAAAGGAUUUUCAAUACAGAAAUUUAGACCUACUAAAAAGUUUGUGUAUGGGCAGUAUGGUAUCAAUUCAUCCAUUUGCACUCAGUACUCCAUGCUAUGCACACAUGACUCUGCAUCAGUGUGGCACACAGAGGAGUUAAGGAAGCCAAGGUUGCUUUAAUAGUGGUUUUGAACUUAAUUGUAUUGUUGGGUUAGGUGUUUUCUGUCUUCUUCUUGACAAUGCCCCUCUCCACUCUUUCUGCAGACUGAUUCCUGUGGACUCUUGGUUUUCAAAUGAAUAACAAAAUUUACUUUCAACUUCAGAAAGUAGAAGAUGAAAGUAAACAAGGUUCCAGCUGCAGUCUGAACCGCGUGAAUCUCCCCCAAUCUUUUGAAUGGGUGGUGUUUCACAAUCUUAAGUUAUGGUUAUCUCUGUUUUGCUCUUGCACCGGUUCCUUCCAUGAAAUCUUCUACUAAUGUGCUUGGAACAUACACCUUCUUUGGCAGUCUGCUGGGCAACUGUGAAGUCACCAGUUUUCCCAUGAUUGUGUAGGCAUAACAUGACUUUCUGUAUUAAAAAUAUUUUCUUUACUGUUGCUCUUAUAUAAUAUUGUACUUUUCUGGGAAAUACAAUUAUGGGGUUUCAUCAUCUGUAAGCCUACAAUAAUCACAAUGAACACAAAGACUUAUUGUACGUCUGAAAUAAAUAAUAUUUUAAAUGAUUGUAUUGAGAUGCACCUGUAGAGCAGCAUUAUGUUACCCAAAAGUUCCAUUUUCAGUUUAUGUUCAAGUUACUUUCAUUUGAGAUUUAAGGAAAGUUGUAUAUUUGUCCUAAUUUCUAUAGUUAUUUUGUCAAAGAAGGUUGAGAGUGGCUGAACCAGUUAAUAAUUGGCUUUGUUUACCAAUAAUGAGAUUUUUCCCUCAGACUGAUUGUAUGAAUGUUUGCAGAGAUUAAUCUUUCAGGCUUUUACUGACCUAUUCAGAUUUCUGUUUUUCUGUGAGGUCUGAGCUGCUGGUUUCAUAUUGCUUAUAAUAACUUUAACAAACUCAUCUUAUUUGUUUUAUUUCAACAAUUAAAUGUACCACAUAUUGACUAUAAAGUAAAAACAAAUGGGCUAGAGGUUAUUGAAAGAGGUAGUUUGAAUCCAAAAGAAACUGAAAAUCUGAGAACAUGCUGUUUGUUAAUGCAUUUAUAGAUUAAACAAUUGUCAGUUUUGGUGUAUUUAAUAAAGUAGGAAUUGCGUUUAUUGAUCAUUGGUCAGAGCCUAUCAAGAGAAAAUGGCUGGUUUUGAUCUCUGGCUGAUUUAUUUUUUUUUCUUUUUUGGCUGAUUUAAUUUUGAAUCACAACCUUUAUUUAGAUCGAAAUUAACUCGUUUAAUCUUAACUCAGGGCCAGUGACUUUUUUGUUUCACUAGUCAUUUCUUUUGGAUAUUGUUAAAAACUGGGAGAACUAGCUGCAACAGCAGGUACAUAAACGUAAUGAAGAAGGAAUCACUCUUUACAGUUUAGUAAAUAAUCCAAAUAUUCAAACGGACUGGGCAAAGCCUACUAUAACUAGUUUACUUGGUUUAACUGGAUUUAAGAAACUUGUUUUUAAACUAAUUAAAUAUUUAGGGACAUCAUUAAGCACAUUUCACAAAUGUCAAAAAUAUAUGGAAAUGUUAUUUUCUGUGUAGCAAGUUUUUUAUGUAUGGAGUAUAAGUAAGUACCAUUUUUCAUGUUAUGUUUUCAGUAAAACCUAUUUGUCUGAAUGUGAACUUGCUAGAAAAAUGCCAACUUUAAGAAGAUGUAUAUGCUUGCAGUACAUCUUUAUUUAUUCAGAUUAUUAGUUACACGAAGUUGUUAAAUAUAGUUUUUCAGCUUUUAUUAACUGAAUAAAUUACACACUUUGCUACCA